AUGACUUUUUCGACAACUGUGAAUACAACAAACAAACCUUUCCUUGGAUACAAGAUUCUGUUAAUCUGGGAAGAAUCUAAAACCUAUGCUAAGAAAUGGAAGAAGAGGACCAGGAUGAAGGUAUCAGAUGAACUUCGACCCUACAGCUCAUUUCACAGAGAGAGGCAAGCUCUUGAAGAGCUGGGUGAGAAGGAUGUGUCUGAGCUAGAACUUUUCCCAGGUGGGCUGGAAAGAGAGGAGAGUGCACUGGACACCACUGACCAAGAAACCAUCAUGCUUGAAGAAGAGGGCAGGAAAAGUUCAUGUCUCAGCACGGCUGGGAAGAAGAAGAAGAAGAAAAGGAGAUGACCAGUGAUAAAUCUGACCAACUGCAAAUAUGAGAGUGUGCGGCGAGCUGCUAAGAUGUGUGGCCUUCGGGAAGCCACCGAGGUGGAUGACUGGACCUUGUAUUGGACAGACUAUUCAGUCUCACUGGACCGGGUGCUGGAAAUGAAAAGUUACCAGAAAAUAAAUCAUUUCCCCGGGAUGUCUGAGAUCUGUAGGAAAGAUCUUCUGGCCAGGAACAUGAAUAGGAUGCUAAAACUUUUCCCCAAGGAGUUUAACUUCUUCCCCAGGACAUGGUGUCUUACUGCUGAUUAUGGAGAAUUACAAGCUUACAGCAGGUCAAAAAAACAUAAGACCUUCAUCUGUAAGCCAGACUCUGGCUGUCAAGGCAGAGGCAUCUACAUCACGAGAUCUGUGAAAGAUAUCAGACCAGGAGAAGAUAUGAUCUGCCAGCUCUAUAUCUCAAGGCCUUUCAUUAUCGAUGGGUUCAAGUUUGAUCUUCGGAUUUACGUGCUGGUGACAUCGUGUGACCCGCUGAGGAUAUUUAUCUAUGAGGAAGGCUUGGCACGCUUUGCAACAUCUGCUUACUCGGACCCGUCAGUCAGCAACUUGGACGACGUCUGCAUGCACCUGACUAAUUAUUCAAUUAACAAGCACAGCGCUAAUUUUGUACGAGAUGACGAUUCUGGUAGCAAGAGGAAGCUCUCUACCUUUAAUAAGCACAUGGAAGAAAAUGGCUAUGAAACGGAACCCAUAUGGAAGGACAUUGAAGAGGUGGUGGUGAAAACCCUGCUAUCAGCCUAUCCGAUCAUCAAGCACAACUAUCUCACCUGUUUCCCCAACCACACCGUGGGAAGUGCUUGCUUUGAGAUCUUGGGGUUUGAUAUUUUACUGGAUCGCAAACUCAAACCGUGGUUGCUUGAGGUGAAUCAUUCUCCGAGCUUCAGUACUGAUUCAUGGCUCGACAAAGAAGUAAAAGACCAACUCCUGCAUGACACUCUGGUUCUGAUAAACUUGGGAGCCUGCGAUAAGCGGAAAGUGUUGGAAGAAGAGAGGCGGCGAGGGAAAGAAAGGCUCCUCAAGCAGUGCCGUAAUCGAGAAUCGAGGGCCGAGGAAUACAAGAACUACCAAGCAGCUUGGCUCAAGCAAGCUGAGAAAUACGAGGAAAAACACAUUGGAGGCUACCGCCGAAUUUACCCCGCUUCCGAUUCGGACAAGUACAAUAAGUUUUUCCAGCACCACAAUUCGCUCUUCCAAGAAACGGCGGCUUCCAGAGCGCGUGAAGAGUAUGCCAGGCAGCAGCUCCAAGAGUUACGCCUCAAGCAGGAACAAAAAACAGCUCUCUCAAGAGAAAAGAAGGUGGAACUCCAGGGCGAGUCUGGUGGUGAAAAGAUCAAGGUUUACAGGCAAAAGAUGGUCUCCAGAAGAACAGUGGUGCGAACCUGUGCCCAGGUUUGUUCAGAGUCUGAGCCUGGGACUGCUGACCUGCUUCAGAAUAUCUCAUACGAGCAGGACCCCAAGAAGGAAGCAGCCUGUGUUGAUCCAAAUCUCUUCCAUCCAGAGAGCCCCGGGUCGAAUAGCUGUCCAGAAGGGUCAGAGAAACAUCCCGUGAGGCCUUAUAGCUCCGUGCCUGACCUUGCCAGGGAGAAUUCAUCCAGUCCUGCAGAGCAAUGUCACUCCAACCCUGAACUGGGGGACACCAUUGGCAGUCAUCCCUCUGCAACAGAUGGGAGCAUUAUAUCAGUAGUAAGUAACAAAUUUCCAAAAAUGUUUGCAAAAGAAAGCCCCAGUCCUCCCAAGCAGCUGCCGGAGAUGCUGCAGCCUCGUGCCACGAGUGCAAUGGCUGCUGGACGGCCUUUCUGCAGCACCUUGAUGAUUAAAAAUGUUCAGCCUUUUGGAAGCCAGCGCGGCCAGCAGCGUGCUAGAAAAACCACAGCCUCUGCACAGUCGGCCGUCCAGAGGCUGAGAAUGAAUUUCCCAGAGAACAACAGUGAAAAAAGAACGCUCUUGGUCUCAGAAUUCUUUAGCAAGAUCAACUUCACACCGGUGGAGAAACCUCUCAGUCUUUCAGUGCAACACCAGCUUCGUCACCUUCCCAACAGAGCACAAAGCGCCCUCCUCCCAAGAGACAUGCCUCUGAGCAGCAGGAAUGCGUCAUUUUACAGGAGGCAGGGAAAGUACUACAAUGCCCACAUAAACACGCAAAAGCCAACCUUCCAGCAGCGCAGCUUGCAAGACCUUCUGGUGAUCUCGCCGGUGAAGCAGCAGUCCGAGGAAGCAAAGAAUCCCAUGUGGGGAGUCAUCCCAGGGGCCAAGUAA